AUGGGUGAACACCUGCCUGCGGCGCUGCUGGAGGCCUGUGUGGUGGUCGGAGCCUCCAGUGAGAAGCUACGAGAGCUUUACCUGAGCUGCUUGGAGAGCCCUGUCAGUAAUGGGAGCCCCGUAUCGCUGGAGCCAGAGGUGCUGCAUAUCUUGGCCCCUCCCUUUGUGAGCAGACUGCACACGGACACAGACCCGGUGCGGCUCCACGGCCGGAGGAGGCGAUCGUUCAUCCGCAAGAAGAGAGAGCACCUGUCCUCCACCGCCUCUCCUGCUGCUGCCCAAGGUCGAGCAGGAGUGGAGCAAAGAGGAAGUGAGGACGUGAGUGUGCCCGAGGACAUAGAUCUCGUGGCUUUACCUCAGCUCUGCUUCCCUGGUGGUCUUCAAGUAUCCAGUGAACCUAGAGAAGAGCAGUUUCAUUUUCUAGUGUUUACAGAUGUUUUUGGCAAUAAAACCUUCAGUGUCGUCAUGCAGUGUUUCAAAGCUAUUUCGGACGAUCUGUCACAAAACUCAAAUCAGAAUGGAACUGGCUACCCAAAGAUGUUCUCUGCCUUUAGUUUCUGUGUGAUCUCAAAGUACCCGUUCUUCACAGCACUGAAGGAUAGCUUAUCGUGCUUCUUGCCUCAGCUGAGGACCUGUCGCCUGUCGGACUUGGAGGACAGAGUGAAGGAUUUCACAGCUAAACUGGCCUUGGUGCCUGCUCCUCCCCCCGGACACUUACAUCUGAUGUUUACUCUGAGGCCUCUGACCAUUACUCUGCCGUCAGGAGAGGACAGGGACAGUCCCACGGUGGACCUGCAGCUGCAUCUGCCCCUGCUCUGCUUCAGACCACAGCAGUUACUGCAGGUGCUGUCGUGUCUGCUGCAGGAGCAGCGUGUGGUGCUGUUCUCUGCAGACUGGGCUCGUCUCACUCUGGUGGCAGAAUGUCUACUUCUCUUCCUGUGGCCUCUGUCCUGGCAGCACCCGUAUGUCCCAGUUCUGUCCCGGAGCAUGUUGGACUUCCUCAUGGCUCCUACGGCGUUCCUCAUGGGCUGUCACAUCAGUCAUUAUGAAGAAGUUGCAUCUGAAACAGAUGAUCUUGUCCUUAUUAAUCUGGAUAAUGGGAGCGUGUCCACAUCUUGCUCUGAGACCCUUGAUUUGCCGGAUAUUCCAGUGUCCGCCGCUGAGUGCUUCACACAGAGGUGCCAGUCACUACAUACUCAGUUCGACUUGAGCCAGUGUCACAGAGCUAGCAGCACCGACAUAAAUGAACACAGAGCUCAGAGACGAACCUGGCAACACAACCUCAAUCACGGCAUUCAGAGGAUCUCGCUGGAGCUCAUCGUUAACAUCUUCAGAGACGUCUGCAGCCAUCUUAACUAUGAGCACCGAGUAUUCAACAGUGAAGAGUUUCUGAAGACGAGAGAGCCCAACGAGCAGCUUUUUUAUACUAAGGUUUUGGAGACACACAUUUUCCAUUCCUUUCUUAAAGACCGGCUCAAUAAGAAAAUGGACAACUUUGCAAAGAUGGAACUCAGCACACGCUCCGAAACACAGAAGAUGAAAGCCAAAGUGGAACUUCCCCGCAGACCCACCAUGCAGGAGAUCCAGGAGCGAAGGCGGAGCUCUGUGACCGAGCUGCAGCUGAAGCGGCAGGGCAUGAGUCUGCCCAACCUGGGGGACCACAACCUCCUGAGCCUGCCCAGGAACAGCCUGCUCCACAAAAUCACUACCGACCAAGCACUUAAAACAUCACCGAAACCUCCAAAGAUGUUCAAGCUCCCAGAUUUCCCGGCCUCCCUCUCCUUCCACUCCAUCCAAAGUUAUUACAUGGAACUUGUUCAGCAGCUCAACAAGGCCAUCUUUUCUGUGCAACAUGAAAACUCUGCUUUAUUGGCCAGAUUCUACUAUUUGCGCGGCCUCAUAAACACUCUCUGCUCGCGGCGUCUGGACGCUCUGAGUGACUUCCAGAGUUUGUGUAAGACGGACAUGGCCAUUUUCCCCACAGCUCUGGUCACAUGGCUGGUGGACUCUCUGCACCGCGACGAGAGGCAGCAGGCGGACCGGCGGCCAGAGCUCAAACGCCUUAUCCUCAAAGUAAAAACUGAAAAUGAAAAAACAUCAGACCCGGGAAAGGACCAUGUGAAGAAAUUUGAGCUGCCCAAAAAGCCUCUGUGUCUGGAGGAGUUUGUGCGCUGUGUCCAGGAGUGUGGGAUUGUCAAAGACGUGGCCACCAUCCACCGCUUGUUCGACGCACUCACUGAUGAUGUGUCCAAACAAGUGGACCCUGACCUAUUUCGAGACUUCUACAUGUUUUGGAAGGAGACAGAGGCUGAAGCUCAACACGUGAACCUUCCCUCUGAUGUCAUCGAACAACUGGACAACAGCGAAUGUGUCUUCAAACUCUCCUCCUGUGUGAAGACCUCGCACGGAGUGGGGAAGAUCGCCAUGACACAGAAACGCCUUUUCCUGCUUCCUGAGGGCCGAGCUCACUUCUUGGAAAUAACUAAAUUUAGAGACAUCCAGGAGGUAAAAGUUUCCUCUGCUCCGUUCCUCCUCCUGCGAAUCCCAUCUCUUUGUAUAAAGUGCAGCAGUCGUCCUGAGGUGUUUGAGGCCAAUCUAAAAACAGAGACCGAACUGUGGAACCUCGUCGUGAAGGAGAUGUGGACCGGGCGCAAGAUGGCCGACCAGCACAAGGAUCCCCAGUACAUGAACCAAGCUCUGACCAACGUCCUCUUGAUGGAUGCUGUGGUCGGCUCGCUGCAGACCCAAAAGUCCAUCUUGGCAGCCUCCAAACUCGCAUAUUUAGAUAAACUCAAGCUUGAAGUGCCUAUGGAGGUUCCCCAAGUGACCUCCGAGACUCUCAAACAUAAGAUCAACCCGUCCCAGCACCUUUCUGAACCCCAGAGUGUGCAUGUGCUUCUCUACACUCCAGGUCAGUUGACGUCCGCUGAUUCUGGAGAGAUGAACCCGAAGCUGUGGGUGGCUCUGAGCGGAGGGCGAGUGGUGGUGUUUGAUGCCACCACCUGGUCCAUUCUACACGACUGCAUCAUGGUGGGAGAGGCCCAGCUGAACUGCAUGCUGGGACUGGUUCAGGAGCAGGUGUGGAUGGGUUCCGUGGAUUCUGUGAUCUACAUCAUUGACACUCACAGCAUGUCCUGCAACAAACAGCUGACGGAGCACAGGCACGAGGUGACGGGCCUGACUGUGGACACACGCGAGCAUAAGAGCCAGGUGACGUACUCCUGCAGCUGCGAUGGCACCAUCCUGUUGUGGGAUUCUCUCAGCCUCAAAGUGAAGCGACAGUUUUACCUGAGCUGCUCCAGGCUCAGCUCCAUCCAGAUCCACGACGGCUCCCUGUGGUGCGGUUGUGUGGACAGUAUUGUGGAACUGAAAAAGAGUGGGAUCCCACAGAGGAGGAUUGUCCUUCCUGAUGACGUCCGCAGCUGCAGCUUCAGCUGUUUCCUGGUGAUGAUAGAACAGGGACAGCUGUGGACUGGCUGCUCAGACCUGGGAGACCUGUUUGUCUUCAGCAUCAAAAGUCGUCGCUCGUCAAAGAGAAUCCCGCUCUCUGGAAGUUCAGGGGUGUCCUGUAUGAUUCAAGUCAAGAACCAGAUCUGGGUGGGCUGCCGCACGGACCGCGAGGCUCAGUGGAGGAGUCAGGUCCUGGUGCUGGACUCAGACACUCACGCUGUGAAUAAAGAGCUGCAGGCGCACACAGACAGCACCCAGACCCUGUGCUCCGCAGAGGGCCGGUACGUGCUCAGCGGAUCAGCCAGAGCGGACGGGAGGAUCGCUAUCUGGAAAGUCGAGUAA